UUCAGCAUCGGCCAAGCGGCGCUAUGGGGGUGAAGCUGGAGGUGUUCCGGAUGAUGCUGUAUUUAUCUUUUCCUGUUGCUAUGUUCUGGAUUUCAAAUCAGGCAGAUUAUUUUGAAGAAUAUGUUAUCAAGCGGAAGAGAGAGAUAUACCCACCGGAAGAUAAUUACCAGAGAAAAGAACUGGAAGACUUCAAAGAGAGAAUGAGGAAGAAACACGAGGAGCGGAUGCUGCAGGCAGCUAAGGAAUAAUGUUGUAGCAUCAUCCCCUUUCUUCCCAGGGUUUGAUGCACUCUCAAGAAAGUUAUCACAAAUAUCCUACUUUAACUUAAUAAAUGCCCUCUAAAACGCUUUUUGUACUAAGAGGUGAAGGGAAUUGCAAUGCAGUUUCACUUUGUAUUCCUGAAUAAUGGUUCUGUGCAUACCUCCAUGGCAGUCAACGGAAAGGGGGAAGAGGAUAUAGGCUGCUUCCUUCGUGUUCUUCUGCCUCUUGUUGGGUGAAGCUGCUGAACCCUGUCUGCAAGUUUGACAGCUGUCUUAGGAGAGUCACUUCAAAUAAAAAGUUAUUUAUAGAAAGACUGAAUCUCUGUCUUUCAGUAAAGGUAUCUGGGUCUCUUCAGAGAUGCAAGUUAUAUUUUACUUGUCCUCCUUGGACUGAAGAUCUAUUUUAUCAAGGUGGGUCCUUCUGCACUGCUUUCUUCUCUCAUUGAUCUGGUUUGCACAUCACAUUAAACCAUAGUAAAACAAACUACUUUUUAGUGUGAAUGGGCUGCCAAAAGCAUGGGUGCAAGUCACAUGUCUGAACAGGCCUUUGAUUUGCUGGAAUAUAUCAUGCAAUUUUAUGAAGACAGGAGAAAAGUAGUUUGGUGCUGCAGGUGAACAGCCUGCCGUUAUCUCUCUUUUACAUAAAACAUUUUGUCAAACUUCCCUUCUUGUGACUUCUGAAAACUAAAAGUGCAACACGCCCACCCCCCUAAGAACUCUAUAAUUCUGGCAGUCCCAUUGUGCAAUCACCCAGUGCAUUGAAAGCUUGAUUGUUCAAUAUUCAAAAUCCAACGUACUUUCACGGUGUUCUGUUCUUGCUGGGCAUGACCCCGUUCCAUAAAUGACUACCCAUUUUACAUUUUGUUCCGAGAAAUCUUUUUUAAUUGCAUUUAUACAUUGAGGCAGCAGUUGCCUCAAUGUCCAUGGGAACACUGCUAGGCAUGUUAAGAGGGAUAGAAGUAGAGGAAUCUGAUGUGUAUGUGGGGAGGGGAACUCUUUGAGUAGAACUGCUUGCAUCCUAUGGGGAAGCAGUGCCAGGGCUUAGUGGAUUUGAGCAACAAGGUGUGGGCUUGUGUCUUGGGUAGUAGGACUUGACAAAUAUCUCAUGCAAGGACAUUGAAAGAACCUUGUUCUCAAAAAUAUUUGUAGAUUACAUCCCUACUGCUGGGGUUGAGGAAAUGUGAGGUUAAAGCAAAGCAUGGUAGAUCUGGGAGAGGAGGUCUUGCAGAUCUGUGCCUUUAGGAGGAAGUGCUAGGAUCCUGGGCACUGAGAGGUUUGGGGGCUGGACUUUUUACUUUGCCCUUAGCAGCUUCAAGCUGCUUGCCAUGGAUGCGGUUAAUGAAGGAGAAAUAAUCAUCCAUGGGUGCGAUGGGAACAACUGAUAUAUCUGAAGUGGCACCUUCUGGUAAAGCCAAGUCCUUGCUCUCCUGUUGAAGCAAAGAGAAAAGUCAGUUUCACCCCAGAUUCUUCUUUCAUGUCUUUAUUCGGCAUCUAAUCUCAUCCGUGACCCUGAUAGCCUAAGACUAGCCUGCAUGAACAUAGAUUAUACCUUCCUGUACAUCAAAAUCCUGACCGCAGCAGCAUUGUGCAGUAAACAACCUCUAGUUUCCCGCCAGCAGAACCACCAUUAGCACCAUCCACCCUUUUCUGUCACUUGUACAGUCCACAUUACUAUACCGACAGCUCUGGGCACUGGGUAGAAUCUCAAGGUCUUCUGUCCUCCUAAGGGCAGGCAACUCUGGUCUAUUAAGUCACAUCACUUCCAAACCAUCUGGAAAAGAUGGUGUCAGUUGUGAAAGGUACACAUCUAUUGAAAGACGUUUUGGGGAUUCAAGUUUAAGUGAGAUGGAUGACAACAUUCGUUAUCUUGCCUACUCUCCAGGGAAUCAAGGUGUCGUACACUUCAGAGGCAGACCUGGAUGAAUUGCUGCACAUUCUCAUCCCAACCUCAAAUUGCCUGGCUCUAGUGGUAGAAUUUGCCCUUUUCAGGCUAUAAUUACCUCUUCAUUUUAGUGCCAUGGGAGUGUGGAGAUCAGCACUUUCAAAUGUGCUUUGGGUGAUUUGCAAAACCCUUUGUGGCAGACAUCUAUAUACAUGUUUUAUUUUUUGGGGGGGGGGGGGGAAUCCUUGCUGAACGUAAGAUGGCAAAGCAGCAGAGUAUGUGGUGAAUCUCUUCACAAGAACGAGAUCCACAUUGAUCUCUGAAUAGAUGCAUCCGCUCUUGGAAUGGAGACAGAAGAUGCACCAGGAAGCCAAUGUGUGUUCAUGUGUUUCAAUCAGUGAUUCUGCUGCCAACUUAAUUUGCAGGUGUUUGUGUGCUUCCAGAGUGCGUUUAAAAAAGAGGAGGAAUGGCUGGCUCAGGAUAGCUGCUGAAGCCAGUCUGCACCCUCUUAAUCAUUGGCUGACAGCUGCUUAUCUUGUACAGAAGGUGGAAUUAUGCUACUCUGCAGUAUCAGUGUACCCAUGGGUAGAUCCCGUUAAUGUGUGCGAUUUGACCUGGGCAUGGUGUACAUGGAAUUUAAGUCUGGAUCAGAACGUGACCAUCACAGACUUGUUGGCUGAGCUUUCUGCUUAUAUAUGAACCAUAUUCCACCAAGGAACCUGUGAUUCCCAAUGCAUACAAUCCAACAUAAAAUUAUGUGCACUUAUGAAGGUUGAUGGUGGGUGGUUAACUCUGUGUUGGGCUGUGAUGGAUAUGUGUGCCAUAACUCCAUAUUUAUUCCAGGGAGCAUCUCCGCAUAGUCACUUAAUGUGUGCUCUUUCCUGCCUUUUUAUUCCCAUUAUUUACACUUGUGACUAGUCAUUGUAGUUGCUCACACACUUGAUGUGUACGGUCCACAUCAUACAUACCAUGUUGGCAUGCAUAUGCACCCCUUGUGCUCACCUUCUUGCCAUAUAAUUCCCAAGUAUCAAUCCCUCUAUUUAUUAACUAUGUUCAAGGGUCAGGGCUAAUUCUUAUGGUUUAUGUUUCUUGAUUUUAUUUGUUCAUUUAUUGCAUUUAUAGUCCACCUUUUUCUCUGAGGAGCUCAAUGUGGUAUACCUGGUUCUCUUUCCUCCUCAUUCAGUCCAUACAACAACCCUGUGAGGUAGGUCAGACUGAGUAGCAGUCAUUCUCAGAGUUUCUGUUAUUGCUGUUGUUCCCUCCUGACAGGGACUCAAGAAGAGAAGAAGAGAAGAGUUUGGAUUUGAUAUCCCGCUUUAUCACUACCCGAAGGAGUCUCAAAGUUGCUAACUUUCCCCUCCUCCCCCACAACAAACACUGUGAGGUGAGUGGGGCUGAGAGACUUCAGAGAAGUGUGACUAGCCCAAGGUCACCCAGCAGCUGCAUGUGGAGGAGCGGAGACACGAACCCAGUUCCCCGGAUUACGAGUCUACCGCUCUUAACCACUACACCACACUCAAGGCACCUUACAGCUAAAAUUCUAUUUCAUCCCAUUUAUCUGUGGAAGGCAUUGAUCACUUCCCUUCACAUUUUUUCUUUACAACAACCUUGUGAGGUAGGUGAGGUUGCAAUUGGCUCAAGAUGACCAAUGUUGAUGUGUAGAUGACGUCUAUGUGUGCAGCAGGAUCCAGCACGGGAGAUGCUUCUGAUGGAGAACAAACUGUCCCUAUUUUCCUUGGAGAAAUGUUGGAGGGAAUGUAACCAUAUACUUUCUGUGCAAAUGAGAAUCACAGAAGUUCAGUGGCUACUGAUCCUACAGAGGGGGGGUUUAGAGCGGAGAAGCCUGGGGUGUAACUGUUUCCUUGCUCAACACUACUUUGCUCCUUGUAAAGGUUCCUCCAGGCAUCUGUUUUAUAGUGCAUUCACAUGAUCCUGCUUUCAAUUCUGUAUGCUGAGGUGAAUUGGGGGGGGGGGGUGCGACCGGUUCAGUGGCACUGGGCACAGAGCUGCAGGGGACACCGCAAUUAUGAUUUAGAAUGGAGUGUGAGAGGUGGGAGGGACACCAAAUUUUGGCGUCACACAGGUCGCUGCUGAAAUUGGAGACCCCCCAAGUCCGCCACUGCUGUAUGGACCUGGAAAGAUUUUGGGGCAGACUUACUGCUAUGUUUCCAAUAAGUGCAUAUCCCAUAACUUUCUGUUGACAUCCUGUAACUUUUUAUGCCACAAAUGUUCUGGGAUGGUCCUGCUU